AUGGGGCUCUCAGACAACGAUGUACAGAAACAAUUGCGGCAUAUGAUCGCAUUCAUUGAGCAAGAAGCAAUCGAAAAAGCAGAAGAAGUUGAUGCGAAAGCAGAAGAGGAAUUCAAUAUUGAAAAGGGUCGCCUUGUCCAACAACAGCGAACCAAGAUUUUAGAAUACUAUGACAAGAAAGAGAAACAGGUGGAACUUCAAAGGAAAAUUCAGAGAUCGAAUAUGCUUAAUCAGGGACGCCUAAAAUGUCUGAAAGCACGUGAGGAUCAUCUGAAUAAAGUUCUAGAAGAAGCGCGGUUGAAUUUGAAUCGAAUUUCUGGAGAUUCCGCCAAAUACCCAUCAAUCUUGAAAGGCUUAAUCUUGCAGGCAUUAUUCCAAGUCCUGGAAACAGAAGUUACAUUGCGUUGCCGCAAAAAAGAUGAAUUGUCGGUGCAAAAAAUCCUGCCGGAAUGUCUUGACGAAUUACAGCAGCAGUGGGGUGAACGUACAAAGGUAAGAAUAGACACAACCGAGUAUUUACCUGAUGAAAGUGCUGGUGGAGUAGAACUUUCAGCGAGAAAUGGUAAGGUAACGGUUUCAUCAACACUGGAAUCUCGUCUAGAAUUGAUUGCUGCCCAGAUUGUACCCCAAAUUCGUGUAGCUUUGUUUGGUGCAAAUCCGAAUAGAAAAUUCUUUGA